CCGGGCUUCUCACCUGAGCUGUUUUCUUUGUCUUUCCAGCACCUUAGUGGAACAGGAUCAGAAGCCGAACCCUGAGACUGACAUCGGCUCUCCUGCAGGGGGCGCCAAGUUCACCAGCAGCUCCAGGCGCCAGAACUCCCGACCCAAAAAGCAAAUUAUGUAAUAUGGAGACUCACAUUUUCUGGGUGUCUGGUCCAGGCCUCAAUGAGGAGCCCAAACAUGGAGACGUUCAAGCAGCAGAAGGUGGAGGACUUUUACGACAUAGGAGAGGAGCUGGGGAGUGGUCAAUUUGCCAUCGUGAAGAAGUGCCGUGAGAAAAGCACAGGCCUAGAGUAUGCAGCCAAGUUCAUCAAGAAGCGGCAGAGCCGGGCCAGCCGGCGGGGCGUGUGCCGGGAAGAGAUCGAGCGGGAAGUGAGCAUCCUGCGGCAGGUGCUGCAUCCCAACAUCAUCACUCUACAUGAUGUCUACGAGAAUCGCACUGAUGUUGUGCUCAUCCUUGAGCUAGUGUCUGGAGGAGAGCUCUUUGAUUUCCUGGCCCAGAAGGAGUCGCUGAGUGAGGAGGAGGCCACCAGCUUCAUUAAGCAGAUCCUGGACGGGGUGCACUACCUGCACACAAAGAAAAUUGCUCACUUUGAUCUCAAGCCAGAAAACAUUAUGUUGUUAGACAAGAAUAUCCCCAUUCCACACAUCAAGCUGAUCGACUUUGGCCUGGCCCAUGAAAUAGAAGACGGAGUGGAAUUCAAGAACAUUUUCGGGACGCCGGAAUUUGUUGCUCCAGAAAUUGUGAACUAUGAACCUCUUGGCCUGGAAGCUGACAUGUGGAGCAUCGGCGUCAUCACCUACAUCCUCCUGAGUGGAGCCUCCCCCUUCCUGGGUGAUACAAAGCAGGAGACACUGUCAAACAUCACGGCCGUGAGCUACGACUUCGACGAGGAAUUCUUCAGCCAGACCAGCGAGCUGGCCAAGGACUUCAUUCGGAAGCUUCUGGUGAAAGAGACCCGGCAGCGGCUCACAAUCCAAGAGGCACUCUCGCAUCCCUGGAUCACGCCCGUGGACAACCAGCAGGCCAUGGUGCGCAGGGAGUCAGUGGUCAACCUGGAGAACUUCAAGAAGCAGUAUGUGCGCAGGCGCUGGAAGCUUUCCUUCAGCAUUGUCUCCUUGUGCAACCACCUGACCCGCUCCCUGCUGAAGAAGGUGCACCUGAGGCCAGACGAGGACCUGAGGAACUGCGAGAGUGACACUGAGGAGGACGUGGCACGGAGGAAGGCCCUCCACCCCCGGAGGAGAAGCAGUACUUCCUGACUGGCCCCUGCCUGCCAGGCAGGGCCCGCCCAGCGCGGACUUGGGGACCCCGCACGGUUCCCAAGCAGUCUGCAUCCCAGAGCUCUCC